CAUGAAUAUCAUACCCACGAAACCAUUGCGCAUUGGGUCGUCGUCCUAGGAAAAUAUUUGUUCGAAUCAGCGAUAAGUGAAGAUUGGACGUGGGACAAGGUUUUAUUACGACGACUACGAUUGCGGCACACGGAAUUUAAUUACUACUGGGACAAGAACUGCGUGGAAAGUUGAGUUGAAAUUGUAAUUGAAAUCCAGAGGGAGGAAAGGAAAGCUCCUCCGAGAGGUUGGAGAAGAGGUUUGUGUUGUGAUUGGAUUUACGGGUUGGGUUUGCGAUUGUAUCCGCGUUUGUGUCUGCAUCUGCGGCUGAAUAGUUGAAUAUUUUUGCUACAGCGACGAAACGCGCAUCAGUAUCCUAGGACAAUAUCUGCGAGGGUUGAGAUUGAGGUUGAGAUUGGAAGUGCACACAAACAGAAGCAAAGUCGCAAUUGGGUGUAGGUUCAAGCUCUCAAAUAUAAAUAUGGCAGGAAACACAGCUAGAGGAACGAGAUACUCUCCUACUACCUCAUUUACGAAAACUACGAUAACCUCUCCAACCACCACUAUCCCCCCAUCAUCAAUCUUCGUCCAAGUGCAACAAGCGCAAACCAUGCGUCUCGCCUCCUCCUCAUCCCCCAGCACACCCCCUCGUACCUCGCCUCCACCACCCUCAAAAUCAACCUCCAAACAAACACCCCUCAAAUCCCUCCCCCUCAAAUCCCUCAACCAAUCCAUAACCUCGCGUCUAACCACUCCCGCCGGAGCGCGCCCUUUGAUGCGAAAAGGAGACAAACCCUUACCGGGAAAUUAUCAGAGUGUGGCUAGGAGGGUUACGAUGACGAUUGUUGCGCUGCCGAUUUUGUUGGUUACGAGUUGGGUGCUUUGGGAUAGGUGUUAGUGUUUCCUUUCUUUUUUGCUGUUUUGAUUUUUUUGCUUUUGUAGUGGCGGGUAGAGAAGAAGAGAGGGGAAAAUUUAUGUCUGAAUAUAUGCUAAUUAUUCGUGUGAGAUAGUGGUGCUAGGACAAGAGCAGAAAUCACUUAUUCGUGAACCCCCGGUUGUUCCUGGACCACCGAUGGCUGCGGAGAUGGAGGCUCGGAAUAAUAGGGGAUGAGGGAAUUUGUUUGGAUAUGGUGAUUUAGUGGAGGAUAUGAUGGGAUGAGUUCUAUGAAUUUAUGAAUUCUUUGAGUUGAUAUGAGAGAUGCAGAGUGGAGUAUGGUUAUUCUCAUAUCUGCUCGUCCCGAAACUUGGUUAUAGAAGAUAUAUAGUGCGGGAUGGGACUUGUCGGUUUGUGGAUCGUAGAUGGAUUGUAUAUGGCUGGCCGAUGGCGUAUA